AGGCCUAACUUUUUUAUAUGCAUUAUGUAGUUCUGGUUUAGAGUUCAUUACAUGAGCAUUCAAUAACUGUAAAUUGGACUAGGUAAAACUGGAAAAUCAUGUAAUUGAGCAUUGAAAUUUUUUACACUGAAUAAUUUUAGUCCAAUAGGCCUCCACAUUUAUUUUUAUUUUGUGUCAUUAUAUAGAAUAAUUUUUAUAGUGCAUUCCAGUCUUGGUGGUUCAGAGGGAGAAAAAUACUUUCCUCUAUCUUAUAUUACAUUAUCUGUUGUCAUUCCAUAGUCUGGUUAUUUCCACUCCAUCUUUAAUUUGGACAUUAUAUGCAUUUGUAUAGGUCUGGACAACUGAAUGUAAUACAGAAAGAUCAUUACUAAAAUGCAUGUCCUGCUCCACAUGCCGUGAUGAAAUAACAUUACUACCGAGUGAAGCAAUACAUGAAGUAAUCACCAUAUAAUAGCAAGCAAUUAGCUUUGAACACAGCAUAUAUUAUUGUUGGCUUUGAGAUGGUAAUUGUUUGGUCAACAGUGUGUUUUUGCUUAAAGAGAAGAACUUCACAUUUCUUCUUAAAGAGCAGAGCUUCAUGAUUUCUGUUUAAUGCAGAAAAUUUUUACAAUUAAAAGAAAAAGUAAAGUGAAUAAUAUUUUCUUUACUUUCCUGUAUAUGGAUGAACAUGACACUGAUGGUAACAAAGCAUGGCGGGAAUGGUACAGAAAAAAACACAAACUUGAAACUGAAAAGAGACAGUUAGCAAAAGAACAAAGAGAAAAGGAGAAGAAGAGCAGGGAAGAGGACCAAAUAAAGAAAGAGAAACGAUGCAAAGAAACUUGGAUUGCAUGGUUACAAAAAAAGGAAGCAGCUAAAAAACAAGAAAAAAUUAAAAAGGAGUUGCAGAACUCUUUAUCAGUCGUGAGGCAUUCAAAGGAUCCCUUAGAACAACAAAAGAAAGUAGACACUUGGAUGGAACAAAAGUUAGCAGCCGCUAAGAGAAGUACCCUAUCACAACACGAGAAAGCAGAACAAGAAAAGAGGCAGCAACAGGAAAUGAUUCUGCACAAGGAAAAAUGUAAAAAGGCUUUUGAAGAAUGGAAGAAGCAGAAAGCCAAUUUCAAGAGACCAGCAUCUUGCAUUACAACAAACAGAGAUAAGUAUCAGUACACAGGUUAUCAGCAUCCACAACCUUGGCAAGACUGAAUGAAAGACCUUCCCCAUCAGCUUUUGUAUGUUUAAAUGUAAUAAAGCACCUGUACUUCAAAA